AUGACGAUGACGACUUCCUUUGCCCCAUUUCUCUCGUCAAAAAUAUAUUUUUCCAAACUCUUCCCAAAAAGUAUUUUCAAGAUCGGGAACCACACGCCUACAGCGAAAAUAACCGCAUCACUGUCAACUGUUCAAGAAAUAGUCAGAGCGAGUUACAGCACACGGGAUUAUAGUACCGUUGUUUUGUUAGCUUUUGAUGUAUUAUUUCGGCCUCGUAAAGAUCAAGAACAGAACUUUCUCGUAGCUCAUAAAGAGUUAGACAGCUUGAAAUCAUCCCAAGUUAAAGAAAUUGUCAUCACUGCAUAA